UGUAAAAAUUGAAGAAGAGCAAGAUGGGCAAUCAAAGUAUGGGGUCUUCUCUGAUCAUUUUACUUUCAGUAUUUCUGUGUUUCUUUCCUACCAGGUCCGCCACAGUAGAGAAUUUUAACUACCCCUACCUUUGGGACCAGGUGCCUGGAAAUGUAGAAGAUCUCCCAGUCAAGGAUAACAAAAUUAUCAUGGAUCCUUGGGACUAUCGAGACCGAUUAAGCAUGUAUAAAAUGAUACUAAAUUAUUCAGCAAAAUAUUUCACUCAAUUUGGAAUAAAUAAUACUGGGAAUGCAUUCUGGAUGCUCACCACAUUUUAUGGACAAUUAUAUGAAACAGGCAGACUUAAUGAUCCUUCAAAUUAUUUAGUCAAUGACAAUACAGAAAAAAAGAACUUCAUCUCAAUCAAAAGUGGAUGGGGUGGUAUUAAUUACUAUGUAAUCAUUCCAUUUUUCCUUGUUGCCUUGAAAUUGAACUUCUUCGGGACUUUGCCAUAUCAAAUUGAGUUAUUACCACAAGAAGAACGUAGAUCUGAUUUUUGUUAUUCCUUUGAUGAAUGUUAUACAUCCUACCCACAGAUGAUGGCAAGCAACUCAAAAAUUUUUGAGUAUUUACAGUCCAGGGAGAAGACAUCAAAUAACACAGAAAACUCUACCUACAACACAGAUAUGGACACAAUAGUUCAUUAUAUAUGGUCUGGACAUCACAGUGGGAUAGAUGUUGGAAAGCCACUAUUCCAUGACAAAAGCCAAUUUUAUUCUACAGGAGAAAAAGAUUUUACUGAAGCCUUUCUAUUCACUGUUGAGUUCAUCGAGGAAGCAAAUUACCCCUCUGACUUGAAGAAUUCAUCAGAAUUCUUGCUGGGAUUCCCUCAUAGAGAGCUCACCACUGAAGACUGGCUCAUUCCUGGCUGGGACUUAAACAAAUAUGAAAAAAACCUGUUGAUUAUAGUAAAAAUAAUUUCUCAAAUAAAUAAUAUUUCAGGAGGUGUCCUUUUGAACAUUUGGAAGACGUUCCUGAUAUCUGAGACUGCAAGGAAAAGUGCCCAAGUUCUCAUUAAGACUAUAUUUCUUUUCCCAAAAGUUUACUAGAUAAUCAACUAAUAAGAUCUCUUAUUCCUCACUGAAUUUUAGUGAAUAACUGUUUCAAUUGUCUUUGUCUCCUUAACCAGAAGAAGUAUCAAAGGUACGGUCUGUUGAUCUAGCAUAGUAGACUCUCAGUAAAUAUAUGAGGAUGGUGAUUAUUAAACUAAAUAAACAAUGCAGCUUCCUGAA